UGAAUUCUAAAGAAAGACAUAGAGAAAACUUUGAACCAGUUGCGAUUUUACGACGGUAGACCCGGAUGACAGUCAUGUGAUGUCAUCAAAGAUGGAGGAGUUCCUGACGGAAAAUCUGUGUCUGGAGAUUUUGAGCUGAAUUUUGACUCCCAGAGGCUACCCUACGGCUAGAUGUCUGUUCACUUUAAGUUGAGGAGUCGUCUGUGUUCUAUCAUCAUGCCGAGGUCUACAUAUUACCAGUUCCUCUUCACUGCCACCCUGGGCUGCUUUCUGUUUGUGGGACUGGUGGAAGGUAUAGGAAUCAGCGCCAUUCGUGACCUGACUAUGGAGCCUGGACAGAAUGAAACCAUAGUCAUCCAAUUAAGUGGUCGGUUGAAGAAGUCAACCACCCUUUUCGCUGAGUCCUCCAACAAAGAUAUUUGUUCUGUGGGAAACGUUUCCAUUCCCGCGGGAUGGAACUCUUCUGUACAUACCCGCAUCAUCGCUCUCAAGGUCGGACAGACUGACGUGACCUUCAACAGCACGUCUUCAGAACUCACGGGACUGGACAGUGUGUUCACCAAGGUAUCUGUGGUGCGCAGUCUGCCCCUGCACAUAGUGAACGCUGUGAUCGGCUGGAUCUACUUCGUGGCCUGGUCUGUGUCCUUCUAUCCACAGGUGUUCGAGAACUGGAGAAGGAAAAGUGUGGUCGGCCUGAACUUUGACUUCUUGGGCCUGAACUUGACCGGGUUCCUGGCCUACGGGUUCUACAAUGUGGGGAUGUUCUGGGUCAAAGAAAUACAGACGGAGUACAAAGCUCAUUUUGGUCUCCACACCGUCAACCCUGUCCAGCCCAACGAUGUGUUUUUCACCAUCCAUGCUGUGUUCAUCACAACUGUCACUAUUAUACAGUGUUGUAUAUAUGAGAGAGGAGGACAGAGAAUGUCGUAUAUAGGGAUAGGACUGGUGGUGGUGGCGUGGUUGGUCGCCGGGGUGGGGCUGGUUCUGGCGCUCACCAAGACGCUCACCUGGCUCACCUACCUCAACUUCUUCUCAUACAUCAAACUGGUCAUCACGCUGGUCAAGUACAUUCCUCAGGCCUUCAUGAACUGCCGCAGGAAAAGCACAGAAGGCUGGAGCAUUGGAAAUGUUCUGCUGGAUUUCACAGGAGGCACCUUCAGUCUCCUACAGAUGUUUCUAAUAGCCUACAACACAGACGACUGGACCACCCUGUUUGGAGACUUCACCAAGUUUGGUCUGGGUGCCCUCUCCAUUCUGUUUGACUUGUUCUUCAUGCUGCAACACUACGUUCUCUUCCCAGUGUCAAAAAGAGAGAAGCACAUCCAGAAUCCUGCUGAUAAUGUUGUUGCCAAUAAUGUUGAUGACAAGGAGCCCCUUCUAAAGGCUGCUCAUGCCUAGGUACAUGUAGCAUUGAUGGAUGAGUGGUCAUGCUAUCAGACGUGAUCGAGAGGUUACAAAAGUGCAUGAGUAGGGGUGGGUACUGUUACACCAUGCUGAAGCAAAACAUUUUUUUUUUUUACCGGUCUGAAAAAAACAGACCUGACAAAAAUCAGUGAACCAGAUUUUAGGCUGAUUAGAAAAUGACUACAUUAUAUCAGCAGGUGUCCACACAUUUUGGGGCUUACAAGUCCAACAAAAUGACAAGAACAAAGUAAAGUUUAUAUGCAAAGUGGACCAUUAUUUUAAAUAUUACUUAUUCACAAUUAAGUUUUCACAGACGAUUGGGUUCAGGUCCAGGACUGGACCAGAUCCUCUGAGCCGGAACCGUAUCUGUACCUGAACUUUCUGUACCAGUACCCACCCUUAGUCAUGGGUUCCAUUCCUAGAAUGAUGUUGUGUCCAUGGGAAAAGGCACUUAACAAAAUUUUCACCCCACCCAGGUGUAAAUAGGUACGUGACUUCAGUUUAGAGGGUAAAAACAUCAAAGUAGGGGAAUUGGGCAAUACCAUGCCCAAGACCACUGCCUGUAUAGCCUGAAAAAAGGACCAUUACAUUUUUCUUGUACAUACCUAGGGUAAAACAAUGGAAAAUACUAUACUAUUGUUAGCUUUGCAUUGUAUGUAAGCAUUGUAAAGUUUUAUUGGUAUUGUACUAUGUAUUUUUAGUCAGAAAAAUAAAGCAAGUUAAUGAUGAUAAUGAUGCUAAGUGCUGUAAAUAUGUCAGAGUGGACUUAACAUAAACAAUGCAAAAUCCUGUAAAUAAUGAAUAGUCAUACUAUUGUGAUAUGGUAAGGUGCUACACUGGACUAAGUGAACAUACUAUGCAUUUUAAGUAAGAGUAGAAUUAUUGGCAAUUGGUACUGUAUUAGUCUAAGAGGUCUAGUGACCUUACAGUGCAUGUUUGAUCCAUUUGGUCUUAGGUUUUUCUAGAUACACAAGUUCUAUUAUCCAAAUUGAUAAAUUAACUAUGAGACAAGGAGGAUUAGAAUGAGUAGUGAAACUUCUACAGACUAUAUGAUUAUGAUAUCAAUUACAAUUAAAAGUAAAAGAGAUCUCAAAGCAGCUUAAUUCAAAUGAACUCAGUGAACAGUUGAGGUACUCUUCCACUGGCCAUGGCAGAGAAGACAGAUUUUUUAAAUAAUAACUAGUCUCCACUGUAAGUUAAUAUGCUAACUAGUUGCACAUUGAGAGAAACCAGUAGACCUACUAUGCUAUGGUGAAAAGAGUACAGCACAGGCAUCCAUAGGUUUGCGAUGGUUAAGAGAAGACGAAUACAUAUCGACUUAAAGGCAAAAAUGGUGCACAGGCAUUUUGCCUCUUUUAUGUAAAUGACGUUAGGCUAUUAAAAGGUAAAAUAUGCA